AACGCAACUGAACUUCAACCAAUCUAAUGCGUCACCAUCACCAUUUUGACCCUCCAUCAUCACGCUCUCCAUCACUCAAUCCCUUCGUUAGCUCUGCUACAAACACCGGUACCUCACUCUCUGCAAUUCGAGAGAGACGCACACACACUCCACACAGCACAUCCAUGGCUUUCAAUCUGUUCAUUUUCCAUUUUACCCCUACUAUUAUAAUCUAUUUACUCUACAUUACCACCCCCUCCGUUUCAGCACUAAACAUCACACAACUACUCUCUCCGUACCCAAAUCUCUCCGCAUUUUCCACGCUUCUCUCCAACACCGCCGUUGCCUCUGACCUUUCCCAGCGCUCCUCCCUCACUCUUCUCACCGUAUCUAACUCCUACUUAAGUUCCCCCUCCUUUGUGGACCUCACAAGCCGCCUCUCCCCUUCCUCACUGGGCGACCUCAUACGGUACCACGUACUCCUCCAAUUCUUUUCAUGGUCCGACCUCCAGCAGAUCUCUCUCUCCGGGAUUCUUGUCACUACGCUUUUUCAGACGACGGGUCGGGCUUCCUCCAAUUUCGGUUCGGUGAAUAUAAGCCGUGACCCGACAACCAAGACAAUAACACUUCGCUCACCGGCCCCUUUCUCCCCUUCAAACGCCACCGUUUUAUCCCUCGUCAAAACCCUACCUUACAACAUCACAAUCCUGUCCGUCGACUCCCUCAUCAUCCCCUACGAUUUUGAUCUCAUGGCGUCCGACUCACGUCCUCCGCUUGGAUUGAACAUCACUAAGGCCUUAAUUGACGGCCACAAUUUUAAUGUCGCGGCGUCGAUGCUAUCCGCCUCCGGCGUUGUUCAAGAAUUUGAGGCCGACGAAGGCGGUGCCGGAAUAACACUAUUUGUUCCUACUGAUAUCGCAUUUGCAGAUCUACCUAACAAUAUGAAGCUUCAAGCCCUUCCAGCUGAUAAAAAAGCUGUAGUCUUGAAAUUUCACGUCUUGCAUUCAUAUUAUCCGUUAGGUUCAUUAGAGUCGAUUGUGAACCCGGUUCAGCCGACAUUAGCUACGGAGGACAUGGGAGCAGGUAGAUUUACUUUAAAUAUUUCCAGAGUGAAUGGUUCGGUUGCUAUUGACACUGGGCUUGUUCAAGCGUCGGUGACACAAACAGUAUUUGAUCAGAAUCCUGUGGCCAUUUUUGGAGUAUCAAAAGUGUUUUUGCCAAGGGAGAUUUUCGGAAAAGAAUCAGCGGUUUCCGGGAAGCCUGGUGAUGAAGGGCUGGGGAAAGCUCAGGGGUCGGAUGUUUCAACGUCGCCUGAUGAUUCGUCGGGAUUCGGUGGACCCUCUUCUCAUUUGUCGUCGCCACCAGGCUCUCUCGAGGACGCUAGGUCAGGAGUUGAUGACUUGGCGCAAAGGAACAGCUGCGUUGUCGUGGCCCUGUGUUGUAUAGGAUUGUUGUAUGUAUUGAUAUGAAAUUUUAAUUAUUUUGUUUUUCC